AUGCGCUCGUUCGGGGGCGUACGGAAUAAUGUGGUUAACGCUACAAAGCGUGCCGCGUCUACUUCUACUUCCACCGAAGCCGCCUCUCCCUUCGGUAUCAACAUGGCUGCAGGUGCUGCUACCGCAGUGGCAGCCAGCUCCAUCGCCUGGUACUAUAGCACAUACGGCCAGUCAUUAAACGCCAUGACACCAGUCGAAGAAGGUCUCCAUCCAACACAAUACCCUUGGGUUCACCAACAAUACACAAAAACAUAUGAUCACCAAGCACUACGAAGAGGUUUCCAAGUUUACCAAGAAGUUUGCGCUUCUUGCCACUCCUUGAGCCGUAUCCCAUACAGAGCUUUGGUUGGUGUUACACAUACGGUCGAUGAGGCGAAGGUUAUGGCCGAAGAGAACGAAUACGACAACGAGCCAAACGAUGAGGGUGAAAUCGAAAAGCGUCCUGGAAAACUCUCCGAUUACCUUCCAUCCCCAUACAAGAACGACGAGGCCGCUCGUGCUGCUAAUAACGGAGCUUUGCCACCUGAUCUCAGUCUGAUGGUCAAGGCCAGACAUGGCGGUGCCAACUAUAUCUUCAAUUUAUUGACUGGUUACCCAGAAGAGGUUCCAGCAGGAGCCGUGGUCCCAGAAGGACUUAACUUCAAUCCAUAUUUCCCAGGUACCGGUAUUGCUAUGGGUCGUGUUCUUUACAACGAACUCGUCGAAUAUGAUGAUGGUACUCCAGCAUCAGCAUCACAAAUGGCCAAAGAUGUCGUGGAAUUCCUCAACUGGUCAGCCGAACCCGAGAUGGAUCAACGAAAGAAGAUGGGUAUGAAGGUCUUGGUUAUUGGAUCGAUGCUUUUUGCAUUGAGUAUUUGGGUCAAGCGUUACAAGUGGUCUCCUGUCAAGACAAGAAAGAUUGUGUAUAACCCACCCAUCACUGGCAACGGUCCUAGACAUCACUAG